CAGUGCGCUCCGGGGCUUAGUACGUAAACUUACAUCGUAAAACAAAGUGAGCAAAUAUGCUGAAAGGUGCACUAUCGAUCUGCACACUGUUGAUGCUUUGGAGUGCCAACGCCGCAGAGGGUGAACGUAAUAGGAAACGUAACGAGGUGUCCAGAUACAUGAAUUUGCACGCUCAUCCAUGUCUGGACUUCUACGAAUUCGCCUGUGGCAGUUGGGAGCAGCCCUACAUCGACACGAAAUACAUGCAGCCGGUUAUGGAAAAUCCAGAAAUCUAUUUGCGCACCAAGAUCGAUCACGAUUUGCGUAAUUUGCUGCAGGAGCAAACGAAAUUAGAGGAUGGCGUGAAUGGACGCAAAUUGAAGGACUUUUACAAGUCCUGUAUAACUGUCGAACGUAAUAAUUUAAUACAACAGGAAUACUUUAGUCAAAUCAUAGAAGCACAUGGCGGCUUUCCGGCAGUGCCGGGUUCCAAAUGGCAAAGUCACAACUAUAAUUGGCCAGAUGUGGUAGGCACUUUACGCUUCCAAUAUGGCAUGAAUAUAUUGGUGGGUGUGAAAAUCGAUCUCAACUAUUUGUAUCCAUACGAGGAUAGCAUAUAUUUGGUGGAGCCCGACACUUUCAUACCGCCCGAGUUGUGCAGCGAGGAGGCCACCAAUGGGACAAAUUUACGCGCCGAAGAGUAUGCGAUAAUCGAAAACGAAGUAGCCGAGAACCUCAACAUGUGGCUGUCGCUCGAUAUGGAGAAAUCGCAAAAGAUAGCGACCGAACUGGUGACGUUUGAGUAUCAACUUUGUGCUGGUGUAAAACGCAAGAACGCAAAUCAACCGACAAUAGCUGUGUGGCAGAGUUACGACAGCGAUAUACGCAAGACGCUCUACGAUUUUACACAUCACUUUGAAAAUAAAAUUGAUUUCAUUGCGGCCACUUUUGGCACACCGAUCCAUAAACCCGUUUACAUGGCCGCCGAACCGUAUUUCAGACAAUUAAUCAAACUCAUUGCGGCCUCCAAUAAAUCAACUAUCGCCAACUAUAUUAUGUACCAGACAUUGUUGGCACUGAGUUUGCCGCACAACGAUCAGCCCAACAUACGCGCAUUGCACUGCGUUGAAAAGGCCAAACGCUACUUUCCGCAGGUGCUCGGCGAGAUGUUCUAUAGAAAUCAUGUGAAUGUCGCCGCUAGAGAUGAUGUGCUCAACAUGUUCGACAAGCUGAAAGAGUCCUUCCGCAUGAGCUUGCAAAAGCCGUGGAUCAAGGACUACACACGCCGCAUAGCUGAGAGCAAGCUCGCGGAGAUGCAUCUAGUCUUCCCCGUCUAUGGCAAAAUGGAAAUAAGUCAUAUAAACAUAAAUCGCAGCAGUUACUGGCAAAAUUUGAAUAGUCUCAUGAAAGAUAGACAACAGGCACAAUUUCAACGCAUUUUUCCACCAAAGCGCACAAAUCUCUACGAUCAAGUGGAGUCGUACGAAACGCACAUCUUCUACAGUCCACAACAGACACGCUUCGAAAUGGGCUGGGGACUGCUGCAAGCGCCACUCUAUCACACAGAAUAUCCUAAUUCGAUGCGUUACGCAGUGAUCGGUCACAAACUGGCCAGUUUGUUAGCCAGCGCAUUCGAUGACAUCUCUUGGUCUACGUCGACUAAUGGCUUACUAAAUUGGGAUCACACAACUGCAUUCGAGUAUAGAAAUCGUAGUGAAUGCUUUCGUCAGCAAGUUAGUAAUUAUCUGUACAACGAUCCGUUGUCAUUCUCAAAUUCUACACUAUUGCGCGAAAUAGUGGCACAUAGUGCCGGUCUAAAUGUGGCUUUCAAUGCAUACCUGAAUUGGUUGGCCUUCCUGCAACCAACCGACGAUUUCGAAGUGCUGUCGAAAGAAACGCUGCCCGAAUUCAAUUUUACCAACACGCAACUAUUUUUCAUUGCCUUUGCACAAAUGCAUUGUAAUGCCGCUGGUUCAGCGGCAAGGAAAUCCGGUUCAGCAGGACCAGCACGCACACUCAGCCUGCUUGAAAGACACUCGAUAGAGCGUUUUGCAGUCAACGGGCCGCUGCGAAAUUUCAUCGAGUUUGCCAGAGACUUUGGCUGUGCGAUGGGAGUGGAAAUGAAUCCGCCGGAUAAAUGCGUUAUUUAUUACUACAUGAAAAGUAUGGGGUUGGGCGAGGCACGUAAGAAAAGCACCAAUUUUGCAUCACUUAUAAACUUUCGCUACGUCAAAAUGCCGAGAUUUGUGCGGUUAUCGCUGCAUUUGUGUGUCGCUCUAAGCAGCGCAAUCGCUUUGAGUUGUUUCGCAUUUCAAGUUGCGGCUCAACGUGACGCGAGCAACCGCGAUAUUGAAGGAAAAAUCAUACGCAAUGCUAAGGCAACCGAGGUACUCAAAUAUAUGAAUCUCUUAGCCGAUCCAUGCAAUAACUUUUACGAAUUUGCAUGCGGCAAAUGGCCAGAACAUCAGCCACAACUUGAAGAGGGUGACGCGCUAAUCUCAGUGCAAACACAGCUGAUUCAACGUGUACAAACAGAUGUACAACGGCUGAUCGAUGCAAUCAAUGCUAAGACCAACAGUAAAGGCAAUGUAGACAUACGCAAAAUUAAAGAAUUCUACAUGUCCUGUUUGACAGUUGCGCGUUCGUCCGAUAUUCCGGAGAAUUUCCUAAUGAAUUUUGUUAAGGAAUAUAACGGCAUGCCUCUGCUUUCGCUCACCAACUGGAACAUCAAUUACGAUUGGGUGCAAGUAAUCGCGCGCUUACGUCUCAACUACGGUUUCGACUUUCUAAUUGGAAUGGACGUUGAAAACAAGGGCCGAGCUGUCAUAUCUUUGACUGAACCGAAAACAACAUUGAUUCCGCGCAAUUUGUGUAGCGCUGGUUCCGCUCUGGAUGCGGACAAACGCGAUGCAAUCUCCGAACAAUUGCAGACGGAGGUGUCGAAGAAUUUACAAGCUUGGUUGGCGCUAAGAGCCGACGAAACGGAUCGCGUAGCUGGCGAUAUUAUAAGUUUCGAGUUCGAGUUGUGCAGGUUUAUGAGGGAAGAAGAAUCGUUGCCACCGUCGAAAGAUAGCAAAUCCGAGCGAAUUGUCUACGAGGGACGAGAUUUGUCAGAUCUGUCGAAACAAUUUGGUAAUAUUAUCAAUUUCGGAAAGUAUUUGGAUAUAAGUCUGAAUACGAGCACUGCAAACGUGGAGAUUGUUAUGCAGUCGCCAAGAUAUUUUCAACAUUUGGCGCGUGUUGCCCGGAACAAUCCCAAGCCAACGCUGACCAAUUACAUAAUGUAUCGCGCCCUCUCCGCCAUCAACUUUCCUCGCGAUGAGGCCAAAUAUCCGCCUGCACCGUAUUGCACAGAGCUCAUCAUGCGCUACUUCCCUAAAUUUAUUGGUCAGCUGUAUUAUUCGAGCACAAACAUUUCAUAUCAUCGUAGCGCAAUUCAAGCCGAUUUAGAGCAACUUUUUGGCACAAUCAAGGAGGCAUUGAGGGAGACUUUGAAUGUAGAUGGUUUGCCCGAGAAUGCGCGUCGAAUUUUUCAAAAUAAACUUAUGCUCUACGAAACGCUGUCUUUUCCCAAAAAUAAGAACGCCAAUCUGCGUGAUCUGCCAUCGCUGGAGCGUAGAAUUUUCUGGCUCAUGCAAGAUAUCGUCAUGAAAUACCGGGGCUACAAAGAGCAGCAACGUUUUUAUGGUGGCGAUGCUGAGGUAGAUGAAAAUAGCGUCGAAAACAUGGAUAUACAAAUGGAGCUAGAGGAAAAUGGCAUCGUUACCGGUUGGGGUAUUUUACUUCCACCCUUCUAUGAUUAUUUCUAUGCGAAAUCUUUAAAGUAUGCCAUAAUCGGUCAACGCAUUGCACGUGAGCUGGUUGGCGCUAUGAUACCCGAUGAGGAAGAGACUGAGAUUACACGUGACGAAUCGGUUAUGGAAGCAUUCAAUAACAUAUCCGAGUGCUAUCGCAUGCAGUACAGCAACUUUUUAUACAACAUACCCAACGAAUUCUACAAUACCAGCAAAUUGCGUGAACUAAUGACGGAUAGUGCGGGCUUAAAUGUGGCCUUCAAAGCCUAUCUCGCAUGGCUGGAGUCGGUGGAUCCGAGCAAUCGCGAAAUUUUAAGGCGUGAAACUCUGCCCGGUGUUGACUUUACAAAUACACAAUUAUUUUUCAUCACUUUUGCGCAAUCCCGUUGCUAUGCCAAAUACAUGAGUGAGCCGCCACCGACGUUCUUGCCCUUGGGCACACACACCGAAGAACUCUUCGACGUAAAUGGAGUGUUGGCAAAUAAUGUGGAGUUUGCGCGCGAAUUUGGAUGUACGCCAGGUGCGGAGAUGAAUCCUGAUGAAAAAUGUACGGUGUAUUAAAGUGAAAUUAAAUUUUAAGCAAACGUAUUGGUAUUUGAAAAUAUUGAAAAAUAAUGAAAAAAAUUGUGUUGCAUUUAUCAUAG